GGGGUCAGCUGCUGCAGAAACUUUCCACAGAGUUGUAGAGUAUUUGUGUGAGUUUUGUGUUUAUUAGAUGGGUUUAAUCUCCGUGGAAGGAAGCUAACUACCUGCACGUGCUUCCCCCCCCCCACCUGCCUGCCUCCCCGAGCCCCCUCCCGCGGCUCAGGACCCGGAUUGUAACUUUAUUUGUCUUGGACAAACUUUGGGAAUGAGUUUGAACGAGCACUCGCUGCAGGCGCUGUCAUGGAGGAAGCUGUACCUGAGCCGGGCCAAGCUCAAAGCCACCAGCCGGACUUCGGCGCUGCUUUCCGGCUUCGCGAUGGUUGCCAUGGUGGAGGUGCAGCUGGAGCGCGACCACGACUACCCCCCCGGGCUGCUGAUCGCCUUCAGCGCCUGCACCACGGUGCUGGUGGCCGUGCACCUGUUCGCCCUGAUGGUCAGCACCUGCAUCCUGCCCAACCUGGAGGCUGUCAGCAACGUGCACAACCUCAACUCCGUGCACGAGUCUCCGCACGAGCGCAUGCAUCGCCACAUCGAGCUGGCCUGGGCCUUCUCCACGGUGAUCGGCACGCUGCUCUUCCUCACAGAGGUGAUGCUGCUCUGUUGGGUGAAGUUCUUACCGCUGCGGAGCAGCAAGGAUGGAAAUGGCACCAUCAGCUCCGGCGAGGCGGCUGCCAUCGCCUCCACCUGCAUCAUGGUCCCGUUCGGACUCGUCUUCAUCAUGUUCGCCAUCCACUUCUACCGCACGCUCGUCAGCCACAAAACGGACCGGCAGAUCCGCGAGCUGGAGCAGGUGAUCCAGCUCCAGAACCAGCUGGACCACCGGCCAGAGAACGAAGACCUAAAGCCACCCAUCCACUUCGCUUAAUCUGCACCCGCUCUUAUUCUGAAAGCUUCGUUUUCUGUGUGUAUGAACUAGGCAAACACGCCAAAAAACGGCUACAAAAACGCAAAAAAUGACAUUAAAAAGAUGUCAACAUUUUUUAUGCUUAUGAACUGUGCAAAUAUGCUUUUGUUUUGAUAAUGCAUGUCCACACAUAUAGUUUUACCUUUUAACUUGACAUUCAGCAAGGACUUUUAUUGUGAAAAGCUUUAUUUUUUAUGCUUAUGAACUCUGCAAACACCCUGAAAAGUUACAAAAACACAGAAGAAAGCGACACAAAACGCAAAAAAAUAGCGAAGAAACUUGCAUGUACCUGGAGCUACCAGCUUCCUCUCGCCUCGCCGAUGUUUUUCAGUUUCCUGAACAAUUGUGUGUGUGUGUGUGUGUGUGUGUGUGUGUGUGUGUGUGUGUGUGUGUAAAAAAAUGUUAGUCAGGAAGUGAUUGUGAUGAACCAAUGGGUUUGAUUUCUAAAGGAACAGCCAAUCAAGUUAUUAAAGACGAGUUAUUAAAGGCAGCAUUUUGCGCCUGAUGAUAUUUUCCGGUAACGGUUAGCUGGAGUUGACGUUGCUUUUGUGAAACUUUGAAUCCAUAAGAGGUUUUAUAUUAUAUUAUAAUAUAUUGUUACAGAGCAGCACGUGUUUGAAAUGUUUGUACUUUUACACUUUGUUUAAGUUCCAGUUUUUUUUGUUUGAAAUAUAAUCUUUUUGUCCUGUGGCACUUUGAGGAAUAGUUUAAAGGUGCCGUGCCACACGUAUAUUUCAUGACUUUGUGGUAAAGUCUGAAGUUCUACCAUGGACUCUGUAACCUUGGUUACCUUGU